CUCCGCCACAGGCAGCGAAAGCGGCGAAUGAGAGCAACGUAAAAGAACACAAAAUACUCAAAAAAUAUACAGAGCAUGCAAACAACAAUCAAAGAACACUCAAGAUGACCUUCACACAAAAACAGCUCAAAUCCACAAAGCCUUCCUCUGCUGGAGUUUGAGUUGCUGCUUUUGUUGGUAUAAGUUCUUGCUGGGCAUCUGAACUGAUUGCCAUUGAGAUCGAUAUCCACAACAUAUUCGUCGUCAACACUGGUUUUCUGACUGCAAAGACUACUGCAAAGACUACUGCUUGAACUAAUUAGCUUUCUCAAUAUAUCCAAAAUGCCUUCGGCUUUCAUUUGCGUUUGUUUUACUUUGUUGCUGGCGAUGAGUCUGGUUUCUUCAGAAAGCCUCUCUUUUUGAUUCCAAAAGCAAAAAUGGUUAUACUAAUCUGUUUUAUGGAUGUCAAAUGCUAAUAGGUUUCCCCUGAGGAAGUUCGUCGUCGAAAAAUGGUCAAAAAAGGAUUGCAACUCAACAUUAUGGUGGUUGGCUACGAGGGAACCGGAAAAUCAACUUUUAUCAACAACUUAUGCAACAAGAUAGUCUUUCCAGAAAAAGAAGUUUCUUCUACUAAUUUGAUUGACUUUGAUGGUAUUGAAACACACAACAAUGAAAGCGAUAAUGAAACUGGCAGCAAUUGCUCGAAUUUACCUCCAGUGUCAUCUUCAAAACUCAAAGAAAGAGAUAUUGAUAUCAAUAAAUCCGACAGCAUGUCUAUUGAUAUCAACCAAAUUGAGAUUCACGAGAAAAAUUCAACCCCCAUCAAUUUAAAUGUCAUCAUUACCUCAAAGUUUGGAUCAAAUAUCAAUAACAAAUUUACCAAUUUGAAAAUUGUCAACUUUUUAGAGUCUCAGUUUGAUCUUAUUCUCCAAGAAGAAUUGAGAAUUAAAAGAAAUCCAAACUUGGUUGAUCAAAGAGUUCAUGUUGCUCUUUAUUUUUUGACUAGUCCCAUUUUAAAACAAUUGGAUUUGCAAGUUAUAAAUUCUUUAACAAGAUUCACAAACGUCAUUCCAGUGAUUUCUAAAGCCGAUUUAUACACCGAACUGGAACUAAUCAAUUUCAAAAAACAGGUCUUAUUUCAAUUGAAAAAAAAUAAUAUUCAAAUUUUCAACUUCAAUAAUAAUUACUACGAUAGCGACAACAACACAAACCAAUCAAACAGUGUUUACAACGAUAGCGCUCAGGAAAAUGACGAGUUGCAAAAAUUGCUACCCUUUGCAAUUGUCAGUAGCAACCACACAAAAGAAAUUGAUGGCAUGGUUUACCAUGUAAGAGAGUAUCCCUGGGGCACUGUCAAAGUUGAGGACCCAAACUACAGUGACUUUUUGACUUUAAAGACUGUUUUAUUUGGUUCUCAUUUGCAAGAGUUUAAAGACAUCACACAUAACAUUUUAUAUGAAAAUUAUCGUUCUCAAAAGCUAUCAACAAAUGGGGGUUUCAUGCACCAAAAUAUUACAAAUAUUAACAAUAACGAUAAUAAUAACAACAACAACAACAACAACAACAACAACAACAACAACAAUAAUAAUAAUAAUAAUAAUAAUUCUCGCUUCCAAAAAAUUGUUCCUCAUCAAAAUAAUGAUACAAAUGCUUACAUCAACAAAAAGAACAUUGCCAAAGACCGCAAUUAUUCAUAUGAUUACGAAAAUGGUUCUCGUUUUGAUACAGCCUCAUCAUCAAUUAUUCAAUCAAAUCAAGUUGUUGAUCCAGAUUUAAUCAAAAUUGACAGUUUUUCAAACGUAAAUGACUCUUAUAGUGAAAGAAGAAAAAUGGCAAUGGAAGAUCAAUUUAGCAAAAUUUCUAUCUAGGAAAAGUCCAGUAUCAAACUAUUUUCCUUUGCAAUCUUCUAACUUUUUCUAAUUUUAUAUUAAUCUUUUUCUAAUUUUAUAUUAAUCUUUUUCUAAUUUUAUGUUCUUUUUCUAACUACUUUAUUUAACUUUUCC